CUCAUCUCCCACCUUCCAGCGACCUCUCUCCCCGUCGAAUCAGCAGCAGCUCCCAUGGCGCCCAAGGCAGAGAAGAAGCCGGCGGAGAAGAAGCCCGUGGAGGAGGAGCCAGCGACCGAGAAGGCGAAGAAGACGCCCGCCGCCAAGAAGCCCAAGGCCGGGAAGAGCCUGCCGGCGGGCAAGACCGCCGCCAAGGAGGGCGGUGAGAAACGGGGCAGGAAGAAGGGCAAGAAGAGCGUCGAGACCUACAAGAUCUACAUCUUCAAGGUGCUCAAGCAGGUCCACCCCGACAUCGGCAUCUCCUCCAAGGCCAUGUCCAUCAUGAACUCCUUCAUCAACGACAUCUUCGAGAAAUUGGCUGGUGAGUCCGCCAAGCUCGCCAGGUACAACAAGAAGCCCACCAUCACCUCCCGGGAGAUCCAGACCUCCGUCCGCCUCGUCCUCCCCGGCGAGCUCGCCAAGCACGCCGUGUCUGAGGGCACCAAGGCCGUCACCAAGUUCACUUCUUCUUAGAUUGUUCUGAUGUUCUUGGAGAGUCCCCUGCUUCACCUGUUUUAGUGUUGCUUUGAUGUUCCUGCUGUACUCUGUAGUUAGGUGCUCGAGUGUGUCAUGACUCAUGACCGUGUGGUGUUGUAAGAAAAUGUGCUGGUCGCUGUAGCAGCACUGUUAUUUCAAUCCCAAGUUACUAAUGUUCUA